AUACUAAUUCUGACGUUUAAUAUUAAGUGGCAUUAUUCAAGUGAGGACAAAAACAGAGAAUAACUGGGGAUGAAUUAAUAAAAAUAUGAAUGGACAAGGUUAAAAAUUAAUCAAGUUGUAAAAUGUUCAAAUUUUGCAUAGAAUGUUAUAUGUUGUGAUUGAUAGUACUGUUGUCCAAUAGUAUUGCUACUAGUUCGCUACGUCAUUUACUUUUAGCCAAUCAUUUGUCGCGUACUGGCAGCAAGGUUGACUCGUGACGAGGUCGACUAGACCGGAAACAAGCACGCGUUUCACAAAAAUAAAAUUGAACAUUUGGUUCCACUGGAAAAAGAAAAAAGUAUUUACAUAUUUGCUAGUAGAAUGUUAAAACAGUCGUGUGAGCUCAUCUCUAUUAAUUUAUGGUCGAUUUUUUUUCAUGGUUUUCCUUUGGAUGAUUAUUUGCAAUAAAUUAUGAUAUAUGGCAUAUAGUUGCUAAUUUGCUGACCAUACAUACUUGGAGGUGUUUAAGAACAUCAGUGUCACAAGAACAUUACUUUUUAAAACAAUGAACGUUUAUCUUUUAUCAGACGAGCACUUCCGCAAGCGACCAUUAUUUUGAAACGUCUAGACAGAAGUUGCAAUCGAAGACAUAAACUUGACUCGCAGGUCUGAAUUGAUAAACAAUGUAGACACAGGGAAGACCAAUUGGAGGAUUAUUGCUUCAAUAUCAGCCAUAAAGCCGUAUGGACAACAAGCGUUCAUCUCGCUCCGUGUCCUGCGGGCGCAGACCGGUGACUUCACCGCCUCGACUCAACCGUCAACACCAAGCGUUCGCUUGUCAACAUUACAGGCAAUGAACGGUAGUGCGUCUCGGUAUUCGUGAAGGUCCAAUUAAGGCAUCAAAAUGAGGUUGUUGAUGUCUCUACUGAAGAACACCAAUCCCAAAGUGGAAUAUUACUCCAGGUUCUCACCGUCUCCGCUCUCCAUCAAACAGUUUUUGGAUUUCGGCAGGGAGAAUGCAUGUGAGAAAACAUCGUACAUGUUCCUGCGUAAGGAGCUGCCGGUGCGUCUGGCCAACACCAUGCGAGAGGUCAACCUGCUGCCCGAUAAGCUACUCAGCCAGCCGUCCAUCCGUCUGGUCCAAAAAUGGUACAUGCAAAGCUUUGUGGAGCUGCUGGAUUAUGAGAACCGGAAGCCUGAGAAUCCUCAUGCGCUGAACGACUUCCUGGAGCUUCUGAUCGAGAUCCGGAACCGUCACAACGAUGUGAUUCCGACCAUGGCGCAAGGCGUCAUCGAGUACAAGGAAAAGUUUGGCUUCGACCCCUUCAUCAGCAGCAACAUCCAAUACUUCCUCGAUCGCUUCUACACCAAUCGCAUCUCCUUCCGCAUGCUCAUCAAUCAGCAUACGCUCCUGUUCGGUAACGACACCAACCCGGCUCAUCCCAAACACAUCGGCAGUAUUGAUCCCACCUGCUGCGUGGCUGAAGUUGUCAGCGAUGCUUACGACACUGCCAAAAUGCUUUGUGAGAAGUACUACUCGGCUGCUCCCGAGCUCCACAUUGAAGAGUUUAACACGAAGAGCCCCAAAAGGUCCAUCCAGGUCGUCUAUAUUCCCUCUCAUCUAUUCCACAUGCUCUUUGAACUCUUCAAGAACUCAAUGAGAGCCACAGUGGAGCUUCAUGAGAACAGCACAAAGGGAUUACCCCCCGUGAAGGCAAAAGUCACUCUUGGUAACGAGGAUCUGUCCAUAAAGAUCAGUGACAGAGGUGGAGGAGUUCCUCUCAGGAAGAUCGACCGCCUUUUCCACUACAUGUACUCCACCGCCCCGACGCCCAGCCUGGAGCCAGGCGCCGUCCCGCUGGCCGGUUUUGGCUACGGUUUACCCAUUUCUCGGCUCUACGCCCGAUACUUCCAAGGUGAUCUGAAGCUCUACUCUAUGGAGGGCGUGGGCACGGAUGCCGUCAUCUAUUUGAAGGCUCUGUCGAGCGAGUCCUUUGAGCGUCUUCCCGUCUUCAACAAGUCAGCGUGGCGACAUUACACCACCAGCCCCGAAGCGGACGACUGGAGCAACCCCAGCAAGGAACCGCGCGACGCCAGCAAGUCCAAAUACAAAACCAACAGAUAACUCGGCACUCCCCUUUGCCAUCGAAAUAUCCGUCAUGGUGUAGAUGUCAUCCAGCAGGUGUCGUUUCAAUAAGAACGAAGAAUAUCCUUUCACGUUUGGUGUGCUGCUUGGCCUAUCUUAGCUUGGCAUAGUGAGUCUUCAUCAGCCAAAGGUCAUUUUGGCUUCUCCCCUCACACCCUGGCUUCGGGUUUCUUCGAGAGGUACCUUUGACCGGACGCACAAGAAGGCCAGUGUGGUAGGAGCAGUUGUAUUUGGGAGUCUUGUUUCUGUCAAGAUGGGAUUCUGCAAUUCAGAUAAAGCCUUACUAUUGAUUAUUAUGCUUUAAGUUUAGAACAGCAUUUUUUUUUUUAUCUCAUGAGCAAACACAUUUAUCAGCUUUUUCCACUGGAUUGCGUUUCUUUUACUGUAAUUAUUUUGACUUAAAAAAAAAAAGUCAUUCCUUUUAAUCAAGCAGCACAUAAAUGUUCUGAAGGCUGCAAAAUCAAAUACUGCUGAAUUGAACAGUACAAAACAGUGCACUUUACUCCUAUUACACUGAAUAUAUACAUUUAAUUGUACUUCAAUUCGACGAAAUCAAUUGUAAAGAUUUUUUUAAUACGUCUUUGAAUUUCUCUCAUAAUAAUGAAAGAUUGAAAGCGGUGAAAAUAAGUUUGUCUUAUGACGGAUGGCCUGUUUAAGCCUUAUUUGCAUUUGUUCUUUAUAUAUAUUGAAGAACUCCAGUCUGUACAUCUAACUAUAAAUAAUAUAUUUGUUGCAUAUGUAUGCAGCUAGCCAGCUACCCAUCUCACAGCUUCAAAUGAUGUAUUAAUAUGCAUGAACUGUGACGGUGACCAUAUGCAAUCAUCGACCAAAAAGCCAGCGAGAGCAAAGAUUUAAUUCACCUUUGGUCAUACAUGACAAGAAAAAAAAAAAAAAGAUGCCGUGCGUGAUGUGUGUAAGGACAAAAAUC